AUGGCCGAUGUCGAAGCCGGUCAUAUCAUAACUGAAGUUGAAAGUUCACUCGAGGGCAGACGAUGGGAUGGUGUCUCGAAAUUUAGGAAAGGUAUUAUUUUUGACACGAAGGAUGACCUCAUGCACUCCGUGCGCGUCCACCAUGCGCAAACUCACCACAAUUUUAAGGUGGUGCAAUCCACUCCAACAACGUGGAUGGUUAAGUGCAAUGCAUACGAGAGCUGUGUUUGGCAGUUGUGUGCAACUCAACGCAGAAAGCAUGGGAUGUUUGAAAUUACACAAUAUAGAAGGCCACAUACAUGCAUAAAUGAGACUCUCUCGCAAGACCACCUGCAACUGAAGUCCAGCUUAGUAGCAAAUGAAAUCGUAGAAAUUAUCAAAAGUGAUGGCGGUGCUUCCAUUGCAGCUUUGCAAGCACACAUAAGGUCAAAGUACCAGUACCAUGUAUCAUAUAGAAAGUGGAUGCAUGCUAUGUGUGAAACAAAUCCUAGUACAAAGGUGAAGUGGGCAUGGACAGAAAUCCUUGAUGCUAACAACACUACUAUUUUGACAUGUGUGUUCUGGUCAUUCGCAGCAUCAAUAGAGGGAUUUUGUCAUUAUCCUCCAGUUCUCUAUGUGGACGAAAUGCACUUGUAUGGCAAAUAUAAAGAUAGACAUGUUGGUAUUCUUGCUGCCAUUUGUCAGAACGAUGACUGGCAACAGCCGCGUGCGCACCAUCGGUUUUGCUUGCAUCAUUUUGUUAGCAACUUCAAUCAAAGGGUGCACAAUACAAUGCUCAAGCAGAUGGUUGAGAUAGCUGGAGCAUUAUGUGACAUAUACGAUGGACUUCAUCCCAGUCCUCCAUGA